UCUACCUGUAGGUAAGUCUUGCCAUCAAAUACGCAGCAGGAAAUAAAAAAAUGAACCUUGCACAGCGGCUGAAUGACUUGGCCUUCCAAAAGGCCCAGGAGGAGGCUGAAGAGGUCUGUGAUGAUGAUGAGCAGUUGAACUGACCGCCAAGAAGAGCCCAAAACACUGUGUCUUCUGCAAGAAGAGGCAGCUCUCGACAACGUGAAGUCGACAACGAUGAAAAUCAGAUGGAGGUAGCACACGAGGAUUCAGAUGACGAACGAGAUAUGACAGAGAGAAGAAGGGGUUCAGAGCAAGAUGAAGUCAUCAAGCCUAAUCCCCUGUUGAGGCGUUCCCUUCCUAAGCCGGACCACCCCACCCCAUCCCCCUCCUAUAGCUCGUGUGCAAGCCAGGGCCGACCCAACCCCUUCAAGGUCCUCAGUCCCAGCAAGCGUAGCAUGGGUGCAUGCGGGAAAAGCUUCUUCCAGAGCGUGGAAGACGAAAAGAAGACAGCCUUAGCUACUAAGGCAGCCAAAAUAUCGCCAAAAUCCAACUCCAAGGCGAGGAAAUCGAAACAAAUGACUCUCCAAUCGAAAGUCGACAAUCAAAUUAAAGCAGACAGGCCUGAUGAGAAAGCUGACCGACAAACCAAGAAGAAAAAUGGCUUCAGUCUGUGGCUGGAGGAAAAUCGUGAUCAGAUCGAGGAAGAGAAUCCGGAUAUCCCGGACGAAGACGUCGUCAAGAUUGCCAUGAAAACGUGGAAAGGUCUCGACAGCGUGGAAAAGAAGGUGUGGAAUGAGAAGGCGAAAGGGAAUGCAGGAGAGACGGAAGAAAAGAAACGCAAGCGAGAGAAUGACGAAAAUGACGCAGAAUAUUCACAAAGCUCCGAGCAUGAUAGCAUGUCGAAAAAGAUCAAAUCAGGAGGAACUGUUCGGUCAUCUCGAGAUCUGUCUAGUUUCGCCUACUCAAAAAAUUGAUAUCUUGUCUGAAAAGUGGCGUUACAAUUGUAAACGUUAUAACCCCUUGGUACGGCUAAGGGUGAGGUAUUAGAAAAACAACUCCCGAAAAGAUAAAGUUUGUAUAUUUUAAUAACUGUUUUAUUUUACAUAACUUACUAUCUAUACAAUCUUACCAUCUAUAAAUAAUACUAAAAUAA